AAGACUUAGAAAGAGAGGGCAAGUCCACUGGCCACUGCAAAAACAGGCAAUUCUGGCGACCUCUCAAAAGUCUCUGCUGAGCAAUCGAAUUUAAUGGCGGCGACGGCAAUGCCUUCCACUAACUCUAUUUUUUUUCAUUCAUGCAUUUUCACCGACUUCCGUGCAAAAUUGAACUCCAGAAUUCUGCUGCUGAAUCAUACUAGUCGUAUUAGGAAUUCGAGAAGCUUCCGAUAUUAUUCGCCAAGUCGGAGAACAGGCUGCCGUUUCUUCGUGAAGAAUGUCGCCAGUCAUCAACAACAGCAGCUACAAGAUCCUUCCACCAAUCGCUCCGAUGGGAUUGCAUUGGAUGCUUUUCGGCCGGAUUCUGCAUCUAUUGCAUCGAGCAUAAAUUACCAUGCAGAGUUCACACCUCUCUUCUCUCCUGAACAGUUUGAUCUGCCCAAGGCAUAUUAUGCCACUGCAGAAAGUGUCCGUGAUAUGCUCAUUAUAAAUUGGAAUGCAACUUAUGAUUUCUAUGAAAAAAUGAACGUUAAACAGGCAUAUUAUCUGUCCAUGGAGUUUCUUCAGGGCAGAGCAUUACUAAAUGCAAUUGGAAAUUUAGAGCUAAUAGGGCCUUAUGCGGAAGCUCUGAAAAAGCUAGGCUACAGAUUAGAGGAUAUAAUUGAGCAGGAACCAGAUGCUGCACUUGGCAAUGGAGGUUUAGGGAGGCUGGCUUCAUGCUUUCUGGACUCAAUGGCCACCCUCAAUUACCCUGCAUGGGGUUAUGGUCUUAGAUAUAAAUAUGGUCUUUUUAAACAAAUUAUAACGAAUGAUGGCCAGGAGGAGGUUGCAGAAAAUUGGCUUGAGAUGGGAAACCCCUGGGAAAUCGUGAGAAAUGAUGUGUCUUAUCCUGUGAAAUUCUAUGGUGAAGUUACUGAAGGCCCAGAUGGGAGAAAAGAAUGGGCUGGAGGAGAGGACAUAAUUGCUGUAGCCUAUGAUGUUCCAAUUCCAGGAUAUAAAACUCAAACUACUCUUAACCUUCGUUUGUGGUCCACAAAAGUUGCUGCAGAAAAUUUUGAUUUAAGGGCUUUCAAUGCUGGGGAGCAUGCCAAAGCAUAUGAGGCUUUAAAGAAGGCUGAAAAGAUCUGCUACGUUUUAUACCCUGGUGAUGAAUCUCUCGAGGGAAAGACACUUAGAUUGAAGCAACAAUACACACUAUGCUCUGCCUCUCUCCAGGAUAUUAUUGCACGAUUUGAAAGAAGAUCAGGGGACUCAGUGAACUGGAACCAGUUCCCUGAAAAGGUUGCACUGCAGAUGAAUGAUACACACCCUACGCUAUGCAUACCAGAGCUGAUAAGGAUAUUAAUGGAUGUGAAGGGUUUGAAAUGGAAUGAAGCUUGGGAAAUCACUCAAAGAACUGUGGCAUACACUAACCACACUGUUCUUCCGGAGGCUCUGGAGAAAUGGAGCUUUGAACUACUUCAAGAACUGCUGCCUCGGCAUGUUCAAAUCAUAGAAAUGAUUGACGAGGAGCUUGUGAACACUAUAAUUGCUGAAUAUGGUACUGAGGAUCUUCAUCUGUUGGAAGAAAAACUGAGGCAAAUGAGAAUUUUCGAUAAUAUCGAAUUACCUGCUGCCAUCUUGGAAUCACUUAUUAAGUCGCAGGAAAGUGUUAUAGAAGUUCCAGCACAAGAUGAAAGUCCUGAUAAAGAAAAGGAAGCUGAAGAUGGCAAAGAGGAAACUGAAGAUGGCAAAGAGGAAACUGAAGCAUUGGAUAGUGCCAAAGAUCCAGAGAGUGAGAUUAAGGUGUCGUUUGAACCAGAUCCAAAGCAGCCGAAGCGGGUCCGCAUGGCUAAUCUUUGUGUUGUUGGCGGGCAUGCAGUAAAUGGGGUUGCCGAGAUUCAUAGUGAAAUUGUUAAAGAAGAUGUUUUUAAUGAAUUUUACAAGUUGUGGCCAGAAAAAUUUCAAAAUAAAACAAAUGGAGUGACACCUAGAAGAUGGAUUCAGUUCUGUAAUCCAGAGCUAAUCAGAAUUAUAACCAAGUGGACAGGAACACCAGACUGGUUGACGAACACUGAAAAGUUGGUUGAACUUCGAAAGUUUACAGAUAAUGAUGAACUCCAGUCUGAAUGGAGGGAAGCAAAAAGGAGAAACAAGAUGAAAGUUGUAUCUUUUCUCAAGGAGAAAACUGGAUAUGUGGUCAGCCCUGAUGCAAUGUUUGAUGUCCAGGUGAAGCGUAUCCAUGAAUACAAACGUCAACUGUUAAACAUCAUGGGUAUUGUGUAUCGAUAUAAAAAGAUGAAAGAAAUGAGUCCUGAGGAGAGAAAAAGAAAAUUUGCUCCUCGUGUUUGCAUAUUUGGAGGAAAAGCAUUCGCAACAUAUGUUCAAGCCAAGAGGAUCGUGAAAUUUAUCACUGAUGUUGGAGCGACAGUAAACCAUGAUCCUGAAAUAGGGGAUCUUUUGAAGGUUGUCUUUGUCCCUGAUUACAAUGUAAGCGUAGCAGAAGUGCUCAUUCCUGGCAGUGAGCUGUCCCAACAUAUCAGCACUGCUGGAAUGGAGGCUAGUGGAACCAGUAAUAUGAAAUUUGCAAUGAACGGUUGCAUCCUCAUUGGAACGUUAGAUGGUGCCAAUGUUGAAAUCAGGGAAGAGGUUGGAGAAAAUAAUUUCUUUCUUUUUGGUGCUAAAGCUCAUGAAAUUGCUGGUCUACGCAAAGAAAGAGCUGAGGGAAAGUUUGUACCUGAUCCCAGAUUUGAAGAAGUCAAGAAAUUUGUGAGGAGCGGUGUUUUUGGCCCAUACAACUAUGAAGAGCUGAUGGGUUCAUUGGAAGGUAACGAGGGUUACGGCCGUGCUGAUUAUUUCCUUGUUGGGAAGGACUUUCCAAGUUACAUAGAAUGCCAAGAGAAGGUUGAUGAGGCGUACCAAGAUCCAAAGAGAUGGACCAAAAUGUCAAUCCUAAAUACUGCGGGUUCAUUCAAAUUUAGCAGCGACAGAACAAUUCAUCAAUAUGCUAGGGAUAUAUGGAUGGUCGAACCUGUUGUGCUACCAUAGAAUAACGUGUUAGAGGAAAAAAGCCAUCCUUCCAAAGGAUUCUCUAGGCAAUAUUCAAUGUCCUCCCUUGAGAGUUUCUUUCUCAAUAUUGUUGUACACUCGAUGUUAUUGAAAGCCUCUGUGCCGGAGUAAGUGGAAAACUUGCAAUUACAAUGCUAAGAAUGGCUCGAUUUCCCCGAAA